AUGCCCUUUGCUACAGACAUCCUGACCGACCCUUCGGUCUCAGCCUCUGCUAGACAGCAAGCUCUCAAUCGCAUCCACUCUGACCCAGGACUCCCCCAGAGUUCGACGACCUCGUCGUUCUGGACACAGGGACCACACAGCUUCGGCCAGGGAGCUGGAAAGCCCCUGCCCAGGGAAACUGAUAUUGUUAUCAUCGGCUCUGGUAUUACCGGAGCAGCUAUUUCACGGACUUUGCUCCAAAAUCGCGCUUCAAAGCCCUCUUCUACCUCCCAUCCAUCCGUUGUCAUGCUCGAAGCGCGCACAGUUUGCAGCGGUGCCACUGGCCGCAAUGGCGGUCAUAUCCUGGAGACAGCCGAAGAAUACAGCGAGUUCGCCGAUCACUUCGGCGUGGAGGCCGCGCGUAAGCUCCUCCGCUUUCGAUUGGCGCAUCUGAAGGAGAUGCUCGGUGUCGCAGAGGAGCUUGGCAUCACUACAGAGACACAAGCACGAAAGGUUCAGUUCCUGAGCGUUUACUUCGGCGAUGAGCCUUGGAAGGCGGCGUUGGAUCGGAUGCACCGUUUUAAGAAGGAAAUGCCGGAGGAAGCUGCUGAAUGGAUAUCUUAUGAGGGAGGCGCUAUCCCAAGGGAGUUCCGAUUGACUCGUGCCCGCGGCAUCAUCGCCGGCCCCGCAGGCGCUCUUUGGCCCUACAAAUUCGUCACCGGCGUUCUCAAACGUCUCCUUGCAGACUUCCCGGAUGACUUCUGGAUUGAGGAAAACACCGCUGUGACCGCUAUCCAUGACGAUACCGCCGCCAACGGUCCAAGAUACAAGGUCGAGACAGACAGAGGCACCAUCACCACCCGACACGUUAUCCACUGUACGAAUGCCCAUGUCAGCCACCUGGUACCCGGCUUCCGUGGCCGAAUCUUCCCCGUGCGUGGGCAGAUGUCCGCGCAAACUCCCGGCGACAAGUUCCCCAACCAAGCAGCGGAUCAUUCCUGGCUGUUCAACUACGACCGCGGGUUCGACUACAUGACCCAGCUGCCGGCUGGGCAGAUGAUGCUUGGCGGGGGCUUCGCGCAGAGCGAGGGCGGCGGUCUAGCGGACCUGGGUAUCUCGACAGACUCCGAUCUUAGUCUUUACAUUGAUAUCCACUUGUCUGGGGCUUUGCGUGCCAUCUUCGGGGCUAACGACUGGGGCUGCGUGCAAGGCAACCCAGUGCAGGCCAUGUGGACUGGUAAUAUGGCAUUCAGCUCUGAUGGGUUCCCUUGGGUAGGACGGUUGCCCGGUGCUGUGACAGGUCGGUCUGAGCAUGGGUCUGAAGGGGCCGAGUGGGUUUGUGCUGCGUUUGGCGGGGAUGGGAUGGUUCAAGCUUGGCUUGGUGGUAAGGCGGUGGCGACUAUGUUGCUCGCGCGGGAUGCUUCGCUGAGUGAGACUGUCAGUGCGGAUCUUUCGUGGUUCCCUGAGCAGCUGCUGGUGUCAGAGGAGAGGUUUGCUGGGACGGUGUUGCCGAAAGAGGUCGGUGAUGACGUGCACAGGGCAAAUCUUUAG